AGCUUCUCAGUCACAGACGUGAAGGUGCAUGAGCACAUUCGCACCAACAAACCCUCAAAGAAACAAAGCAUCACGACGACGUUUUUUUAACUUUUAGUUAAGUUUAACGACUACUUUUGUAACGAUAUAACUUAAUACGAACUCAAGAUAAGGUAAAUAUUAUAAAAACACUUUACAAGAAGGAAAGAACAGGCAAAAGGACAAUAGAGUGAAAAAAUAUAAAUCGAUUUCAGUUCAGCUUGCUGCUCUGUUGUUGUUAAGUUAAAAAAAUGCUGCUAGCUGACUUUUAGCUUGUGUGAAGUACUUACAAACUUUGGGAAGAAGACGAAGGGUUGAUUUUUUUUAUUUCAAGUCGUGGGAGCCUUUUCGUUUCUCCAGGCUUUGUUGUUCUCAGCUGAGGCCAUUUAAACUUUAAAAUCCUCCUAAACAAAGGAAGGAAGCCUGUACACAUAGUCUAAUUCUACACAAAGAAGAAGAAGAGAAGAAGUGUCCAUUUUGUGGCAAUCAAAUCAGAAGACUAUCCAAACCUCACCUUUACUAUACCUCACUCACUCAUGAGUUAAUUAUUAUUAUUUAGUUGAUAUACAUACUUGUUAUACCUUUUGACGACGUGUGAUAAGCUAGUGUGAACAUAGUACACAACGUUCCACCAAUUCUGUUUUAGUCAUCAUCACUACCACCUUUAUUUUACUACUGGUAAACAAUACAUAGUUUGUAAUAUAUUUUGUAAAGAGAGAGAAAGGUUUAACUUGAUAAGUCAGUCAGGCAUAAGUAGGAUCUGGGGUAAUAUUUCUGUACCUAAUACAUAAAAUAAUAUAUUGAAACGAAGGUAGAAAAAAAGUAUUAACAAAUUGUUGUUCGUUGAUUAGUUUUUUGGUCCAUUGUUGUGAUUUGUUCAUAUUCAAAAAACUACAAAUUCGAAUAUCCAACAUUAUUGUUUGUACUUAUUGAAACAGUUUGCAAUUAUUGUGGUGCUUUUUUUAUACAACUUAUCAGUUUACUCACUGUAUUUGGUUUGUUAAAAAUUAGUCAAUAAUACUCACAACAGAGAUAGAUAUAGAUACAUAUUGUAAAAAGAAUAAUAUAAUAGUCCACCAACUCGAAGGAUUAAGUUUACCAACAAAAACUCGCGUUCCCAAUUUUGAUUGUUAUUCCAAUAUUUCGACAGUUGGCUGUAGAACAAAGAACGUAAAGGAAGUGCAUUAUUAUUAUUACUUACUUACUUGCAAUUAUUACAUAUUAUAUUGCAUUCAUCAAAAGAAUUGCAUCCCCAAUCAGAAUAUUGUAUAACUGUGAAGGCGAUUAAACAAUAGGAAAGUUAGAGAGAUACGUUAUAAUUACAAGAAUUUUGGGCUAAGAAAUUAUUUAUAAUACGACACGCUACAAGAAGACUGCGAAGAAGAUAAGAAGAAGAAGAAGAAGUAAAAAAGUGGCUUCUGUUACAAGAAAAAGGAAUUACAACAAUACAUUCUACGAAUCUCCUCUGCCUUCUGCUGUUACCAGGCCAUAAUUGCUCGCGGCAGAACAAAGGAGAGCUGCGAGAAAAGCUGUCUCGAUCCGGAGUCUGCUGGACCAUUAGUAAUACAAUAUUUACUUACUUAUCAUCAGCCACACAACUUGUGUAAGUUGUACUUCACUCACAUCUCUAACCAACCACCUACACACCUACUUGAACAAGGAUAAGGAGAAGAGAAGAAUUGUUAUUAAUAAACAAACUCUACAGAAAUAGAGGGGAUCACGCUCUCCCUCUCUCGUCCCAGUUGACCUGACGCCCGUGUCGUGAAGUCGUCAUAUAUCAUCGCCAUCUUCCAAAAUGACGGAAGGGAUCGGGGACUACGAGUACAACUCUAAGGAUCUCAUCGGACAUGGAGCCUUCGCCGUGGUCUUCAAAGGGAGGAACAAGAAGACGGGGCAUUGCGUUGCUAUAAAGUCCAUCACAAAAAAGAAUCUUGCAAAGUCACAGGCACUUUUAACAAAGGAGAUUGCCAUUUUAAAAGAACUGACGGAAUUGCAUCACGAGAAUGUCGUCGCCUUGUUUGAGUGUCGGGAAACUGCAACGCAUGUAUACCUCGUCAUGGAAUAUUGCAACGGUGGGGACUUGGCAGACUACUUAAGUGGCAAGGGUACCUUAAGCGAGGAUACGAUCCGCUUAUUUCUCAGACAGUUGGCUGGAGCCAUGCGAGCAUUGUACUCAAAGGGAGUCGUUCACAGAGAUCUCAAACCACAAAACAUCCUCCUUACUUACAACAAACCUAGUCCAAUGCCCCAAGACAUUCAACUGAAAAUCGCUGACUUUGGCUUUGCGAGGUUUUUGCAAGAUGGUGUAAUGGCAGCAACGCUGUGUGGCUCUCCAAUGUACAUGGCUCCUGAAGUGAUAAUGUCGUUGACAUACGAUGCAAAAGCUGAUCUGUGGUCGCUUGGAACUAUAGUAUAUCAAUGUUUGACGGGGAAGGCACCAUUUUCUGCCCAAACACCGCAGCAACUGAAGAAUUUCUACGAAAAAAAUAUUCUUCUAUGCCCAAAAAUUCCACCUGGGACAUCAGCACAACUGACUGAUUUGCUGCAUAAUUUGUUGAAGCGGAAUCCAAAGGAGCGAAUUGAUUUCAAUGCAUUUUUUACACAUCCCUUCUUGGCCACGGCACCAGUAGCUGUUCCAAAGUCACCUUCACCAGUGGAAGAGGAGAAAGCUAUGUCAUCCCCAGAAACAGCGGGAUUCGUGGUGGUGCCACCCAUGCCAAAGUCGAAGCCUAUCCCUGUUCCUCACGGAAAAAGCGAACCCAAUUCUCAGAAUAAUUCCCCGUCUACUGUGAACAAGAAGGCUCCGACAACUCCAAGUUCGGGAACUGGGUCCAAUCGGUCAGUUGAUGCACAGCCAACAACACCAAAACAGAAACAAAGUUGCUGGAAACCGGACGUGAGUUCGCUAUCUCCACCAAGAGUCCAGUUUACACCAACUCAAGGCAACAUGUCUCCUGGGGCAUCUCCACCAAAUUUAUUGCCAUUGGUGCAGUAUUGUGGUGGAGCGUCAGCAGGGAUGGGCAGUGGCGACUCGCCGAGACGGACCAGUCUGGAAAAUGCACCCUUCAUGUUUGCUGCGUCACCCCCUCCAGACCACUUUAUUUUCAACUUUGAGCCUCCACAAUUGACGGAAGAAACUCUACUUGAGAAAGAGCACAACCAGACGCUGGCAAAGCUGAAUUUUGUUUUGGCUCUGGUGGAGUGCAUAAUUGAACUGGCAAAGAGCAAGGGGGCACCGUUAUCCAAAUUGCAGGAAUCCACCAGGGAUGAUGAGAGCUGUUGCAAAACGGGAAAUACAUUCCAGAUAGGAAAAUCUGAACAGUUGGUUCUCUAUAUUCGAACUCUCCAUCUCUUAUCUUCCGCUUUGCGACUCGCUAAAGAUGAACUUGAAGAAAGUCGUCUUCGACCCUCUGCAGCUGUUAAGAAGGUUGUCUCGCAACUCAAUGAUCGAUUUAAAACGAGUUUCGCUGCCACGAAGAAACUUUGCUCUCAAACACCACAGAACAUGCUGAUACAUCAACAACAUCUGAAUGCGGACAGAAUCCUGUACAAUCACGCUAUUGAUGUGUGCCAGUCAGCUGCACUGGACGAGCUGUUCGGGAAUCCGGCCGAAUGCUCCAAACGGUACCAAACAGCGCAAAUUUUGCUGCACAGUUUGUAUCAACAGGUUGAUUCGGACAACGAGAAACAACUAUUGCUGAAAUACAAAGAUGCUGUGGAGAAACGUCUAUUUGUACUCCAGCAGCAAGGCUUCGUCACUGCUUCUUUCGAUGAAAACUUCACGGAAAACAUCCCAUCAUAAAUUAUAUUUAUUUAUUACUGAAUCAUUAUUCUUAUUAUUUCUUAUUAUUCAACUAGUUUUAGCGAGCAUUUCAAGAUGCAAAUGAUUUUGUAGAAUCUCAUUGUUAAGUCAACAAUGGGGUUUAGGUUUAAAUUUCCGUAUCCUAAGUUUCAGCAGUCAUUUAGUUAUUUAGGAUGACGAAUCAUCAGUUAAUAGCUAAAAUAACCUGAUGAAUUAUGAUCACUAUUGCUACUCGCCUUUAUGCAAUACUAGAUAUUCCGAUGGUUUGUAUCACGAGUUAUUAUUAUUAGUCAAAACAGCGGAUGUGUAUACCUUACCCCUGUAGAUUAAAUACUAUAAUGUAGUGUAAUGGAUAAUGGAGACUCGUCUUGGCAUUUCACGGUGGGGAGGAAAUGCAUUAUUAACAAAUUAGAUAUAAUUUAUGCCUGAUCUCUACUCAAUUUUGUUUCCUACUUGGUACACAAUCUUAGUUUCUAGAUCGCAUCAUCGUCGCCUCGACACGAGGUCAUUCGCCACGCGCUACAUAUUUUUUGAAAGAUGGGAUAUCACACUGUUUUACGGAUGUGUUUACACACUAUGUGUGUUGCAAGAACAUAUUAUAUAAAUAAGUAUGACUACGUAUGUAAAGGAGUUGGGAAGGAGUGUAUAAAAUUAUUAUGGACUUUUUCAACCACGAGAAAGGUCCAUGAGUUCACCUUUUUUUCGCAGGUUGUGAUGUAAUCUUUGUUUUAAACAGAAGGACUAUGUAAUGUAUACAAAAGUGCAUCUCAGUAUAAUAAAGGGCUUAAUAUGAAAAAUA